AAAUGUAAAACCCAAUUCUUCAAAUACCCAAUUAUUCAAGAGAAUCUGAGAGAAGAAAGAGGGCUUAAAUCAAGAGCAGGAAAUGCAAUCCAGUGUUUUAAUGCCCAUGGAAGUUGUUGAAAAGAGGAAUCGGUUGCAGAAGCGCGCUCCUCCACCAUUGAAGGUUCAGGCGCCUCCUCCAGAUUUGUUCAUGAAAAGCACUCCAAUUCCCCUGUUAUCACCGCUGUUCUGUGAAUCUGGUGCAGAAAUAGAGAAGCCCCACUGUGCAGUAGCACAAGAAAAUGAAAAUGGAAGAUCAGGAGCAGUAACAGGUCAUAGAGCUUGUAUGUUCGCUAAUUUGGGGGCUGAGGGUUGGCAACUUCCUGCAGCGCCAGGCCUGUUUGGUGAUAUGCAUACGCCCCUGUUUGCUGUGAAACUAAUGCUUUAAUUAGCUCGGCCAUAGAUCGAAACCCUCUGUCUGUAUCCAUGGGGUUAUUGUUUUGUAGAGCUUAGCAAAGGAAAGGCAGAUGCUGUGCCGUAAGACUCAAUUAUUUCUGAGAUCUUCCUGGUGCUUCUCUGUGGUUUGUUUUGUACCCAGUCAAUUUAAACUCUUAUGCAUAAGUUAUAUGUUAAAUUAUACUUUUAUAACAAUUGGGUCUGUUUGCAAUCUAA